AUGUUCUUAUGGGUCGGAUCGCCCCGGCGCUGCGAAUAUAUAAAAGGACACGAUAAUUCUCGCCCAUUCUCUUCUUUUUUUUUGUUCCCCACAAUUGAAAACAACUCAAUUCCCUCAUCUAAAAUGGCUAUCACUAUUGGUAUUAACGGUUUCGGCAGAAUCGGUCGUCUCGUCUUGAGAGUCGCCCUUUCUAGACCAGACAUCAAGGUUGUCGCUAUCAACGACCCAUUCAUUGCCCCAGAGUACGCGUCUUACAUGUUCAAGUACGACUCUACCCACGGUAAGUACGAGGGUGAGGUCAAGUCCUCCGGUGACAAGUUGAUCAUCGACGGCCAAGAGAUCACCGUCUUCGGUGAGAGAGACCCAGCUCAAAUUCCAUGGGGUAAGGCUGGUGUCGACUACGUCAUUGAGUCCACUGGUGUCUUCACCUCUUUGGAGGGUGCUCAAAAGCACAUUGACGGUGGUGCCAAGAAGGUUAUCAUCACUGCUCCUUCUGGUGACGCCCCAAUGUUCGUUGUUGGUGUCAACCACGAGAAGUACGCUGGUCAAACCAUCGUUUCCAACGCUUCUUGUACUACCAACUGUUUGGCUCCAUUGGCCAAGGUUAUCAACGACACCUUCGGUAUUGAGGAGGGUUUGAUGACCACUGUCCACUCUAUCACCGCCACCCAAAAGACCGUUGACGGUCCAUCCCACAAGGACUGGAGAGGUGGUAGAACCGCUUCCGGUAACAUCAUCCCAUCUUCCACUGGUGCUGCCAAGGCCGUCGGUAAGGUUAUCCCAGAGUUGAACGGUAAGUUGACCGGUAUGUCUUUGAGAGUCCCAACCGUCGAUGUUUCCGUCGUCGACUUGACCGUCAAGUUGAAGACCGAGACCACCUACGAGGAGAUCUCCGCUGCUAUCAAGAAGGCUUCUGAGGGUGAGUUGAAGGGUGUCUUGGGUUACACCGAGGACGCUGUUGUCUCCACCGACUUCUUGGGCUGCAACUUGUCUUCCAUCUUCGACCAAAAGGCUGGUAUCUUGUUGUCCCCAACCUUCGUCAAGUUGAUCUCUUGGUACGACAACGAGUUCGGUUACUCUACCAGAGUCGUCGACUUGUUGGAGCACGUCUCCAAGAACUAA